AAGGAAGGAGGAAUCUGGCAUCUCUCCAGGAUGCUUCUCAUUGCAGGGCCGCUGGCCUAGAAAUGGCCUCAAAUGGAAGCUGCGAUCCGAUCCUGGUGGAGGUUUUGGAGCUAGGCUAGAGAUGAGGACUCCAGGGUUCAGUGUGCACCUGCUGCUCCUGCACUAGGUGUGCCACGGACCACAAUGUGGACAACACCACAGAGAUGCUGCAGGAGUGGCUGGCAGCUGUGGGCGAUGACUAUGCCGCUGUGGUCUGGAGGCCCGAGGGGGAGCCCAGGUUCUACCCAGAUGAAGAGGGUCCCAAGCACUGGACCAAAGAAAGGCACCAGUUUCUGAUGGAGCUGAAGCAGGAAGCCCUCACCUUUGCCAGGGACUGGGGGGCUGACUAUAUCCUGUUUGCAGACACAGACAACAUUCUGACCAACAACCAGACUCUGAGGCUUCUCAUGGGGCAGGGGCUUCCAGUGGUGGCCCCAAUGCUGGACUCCCAGACCUACUACUCCAACUUCUGGUGUGGGAUCACCCCCCAGGGCUACUACCGCCGCACAGCCGAGUACUUCCCCACCAAGAACCGCCAGCGCCGGGGCUGCUUCCGCGUCCCCAUGGUCCACUCCACCUUCCUGGUAUCCCUGCGGGCUGAAGGGGCAGACCAGCUUGCCUUCUACCCCCCACAUCCCAACUACACUUGGCCUUUCGAUGACAUCAUUGUCUUCGCCUAUGCCUGCCAGGCUGCUGGGGUCGCAGUCCACGUGUGCAAUGAGCACCGUUAUGGGUACAUCAAUGUGCCUGUGAAAUCCCACCAGGGGCUGGAAGACGAGAGGGUCAACUUCAUCCACCUGAUCUUAGAAGCACUAGUGGACGGCCCCCCCAUGCAGGCCUCAGCUCACGUGACUCGGCCCUCCAAGAGGCCCAGCAAGAUAGGGUUUGAUGAGGUCUUUGUCAUCAGCCUGGCUCGCAGGCCUGACCGUCGAGAACGCAUGCUCGCCUCGCUCUGGGAGAUGGAGAUCUCUGGGCGGGUGGUGGACGCUGUGGACGGCCGGAUGCUCAACAGCAGUGCCAUCAGGAGCCUCGGUGUAGACCUGCUCCCGGGCUACCAGGACCCCUACUCAGGCCGCACCCUGACCAAGGGCGAGGUGGGCUGCUUCCUCAGCCAUUACUCCAUCUGGGAAGAGGUGGUUGUGAGGGGCCUGUCCCAGGUCCUGGUGUUUGAGGAUGACGUGCGCUUUGAGAGCAACUUCAGGGGGAGGCUGGAGCGGCUGAUGGAGGAUGUGGAGGCAGAGAAACUGCCAUGGGACCUGAUCUACCUCGGGCGGAAGCAGGUGAACCCUGAGAAGGAGGCAGCCGUGGAGGGGCUGCCGGGCCUGGUGGUGGCCGGGUACUCCUACUGGACGCUGGCCUACGCCCUGAGCCUGGCGGGCGCCCGCAAGCUGCUGGCCUCACAGCCUCUACACCGCAUGUUGCCUGUGGACGAGUUCCUGCCCAUCAUGUUCGACCAGCACCCCAACGAGCAGUACAAGGCACACUUCUGGCCGAGGGACCUGGUGGCCUUCUCCGCCCGGCCCCUGCUUGCUGCCCCUACCCACUAUGCUGGGGACGCCGAGUGGCUCAGUGACACGGAGACUUCCUCUCCAUGGGAUGACGACAGCGGCCGCCUCAUCAGCUGGAGUGGCUCCCAAAAGACCCUGCGCAGCUCCCAAAAGACCCUGGACAUGGCUGGCAGCAGUGGGCACAGCCUCCAACCCCAGCCUCGAGAUGAGCUCUAGGUCCGGGUGAUGACUGCAAAGGAGUGCCCAGGAGCAGGCCACUACUGCCCAGAGAGCAGAGGAGGAGGUCGUUGGCAGGGACCGCAGAUCCAGUCAGACCUGGCCACCACCUUGGGCAUGGUCACUCUGCCCUCUGGACCUGUCUUUCAUCAGGAGAAACCACUCAGAGAUGGAUCCCAUUCCCUAAAGGUCUCACCGCAAAGGAAUAGGACUUCCAGGCCCUUUGACCCUGCCUGGCCUGAUUCAGGGCCUGGUGGCCCCCAGCCUUCUGUUUCAAGCUGGGCAUACCCUAUGCGCCCUUCCCUCCCUAAGGACUCAGCUGAGGGAUCCCUCUGCCCCCUUCUACCUCCACCUCAGCACCCUCCCCCAGCUUGAUGUUUAGGUCUCCCCAGCACCCUCCUCCCUGGCUGGUGCAAAGUACAAGAGAGGUAGAGGACGACCCUUGCAGACUUGUUGCCCAGCACACAGUAGGCCCUCAAUAAAAGCCAUUUGCACUUUAAAUAUA